GGUAAACCGCGACCAAUGUCCGGAGUGCCAACAUGGAGUGUUGCGGAGCGUGAUCCGUUGUCACCUUGCUCGCCUUCGAGCACGUUUAACACAAUUGCCACGUAUAUGCUCGUAGAGUCUCGUCGGCUACGACAGCCAUCAGUAGCUCACAGUAGCUACGAUCAUGUCGUCGAGCAACGCCGAGGAGAGUGUCGCGCCGCCACCUAAUAAAAAAAUGAUGGAUGACUCGUUGGAUCCGAUUGACAAGAGAGAGAUUUAUUACGAAGAAAUGUAGUUUAGUCUAAAACAUGGAGUGUAAAGUUUCACUUUCAAAGACUCGAAAUUGUUAUCAUCAGCGUCGUCACUGUCUGAAUAGUCUUGUUGGAAAUUGGCAUAGAAACGAGUAGAUACGACGAGAUAAAUAUUCAUAUUAGCCGCUAUUAGGUUUUUAUCGCUCCUUAUAUACCGAAGAAAGAACGCUUUUAGUGCUAAUAGCUCCGCGAACGCAUUCAUUGUUGUGCGACAGCUACAUGUUAUUCACGAUAGGUACACAUACGUGUAUGACGUGGCGGAAACAAUUUUGUUCCAUACCAAAGCACAAAUUCCUAGAAAGAGCGUAGAAAGAGUCGUAUAUCAAUAUUAACAGCUCCGAUCGAGUGUAAAAAUAUGCUUAGAGGAAAUCCAUUAAGAAUAACAGAGGUGAUUAUAUUUUACGAUUAUACUCUUGUCUAUUCAGUCCGUCUGAAAUGGCUCAUCCCGAGAAACGCCAGAGAGAGGUCCAGGUUCAAACUUUGGCUGUGAUCUGCGCCAACGUAUCGGAGCAAGCGCAUCACGUAUCCAGGGCCAAACGGGGACAAGCGAUCGGCAGUAUUCGGGGCUUUCGAGGUUGCACGGUGUGGCUGACUGGUCUCUCCGGUGCCGGCAAGACCUCCAUCUCCUUCGAGGUAGAAGCCAUCUUGGUGAACCACGGUAUUCCUGCUUACGGCCUAGACGGCGACAACGUCAGGAGCGGUCUAAACCGCAACCUGACUUUUAGCAAGCAAGACAGGAAGGAAAACAUUAGGAGAGUGGCCGAGGUAGCGAAACUCUUCGCCGACAGCGGACAAAUUUGUCUCUGCAGCUUUGUAUCGCCUUUCGAAGAGGACAGACAAAUGGCAAGGCAGAUUCAUCGAGAGGCUCAACUGCCCUUCUUCGAGGUGUUUGUAGACACGCCCUUGCAGAUCUGCGAGGCCCGCGACACCAAGGGGCUUUACAAGAAGGCGCGGCAAGGCACCAUUAAAGGUUUUACCGGCAUCGAUCAAAUGUACGAGAGGCCUACGAAGCCAGACUUAAUUGUCAAGACCGAGAAUUGCACCCUGGAGGAGUCCGCGUCGACUGUGACUGAGCUCUUACAGAAGCACCGCGUCAUCCCGCAGCUCGCAAAACCGUCGGAUCUGAUCAGGGAGCUCUUUGUGCCAGAGUCCAGGCUGGCCUCCGCGAGAACGGAAGCGGAAGCUCUGCAGUGCUUGGAGAUGAGUCAGCUCGACGUGCAGUGGCUGCAAGUCCUGGCGGAGGGAUGGGCGUCACCGCUUACGGGCUUUAUGAGGGAGCACGAAUAUCUUGAGGCCCAACACCUGCGGUGCCUGCUCCAAGAUGGCAAAGAGGCGAACCAAUCGGUGCCAAUUGUCCUCGCGAUAAGCACGAGCGACAAGUGUCGCUUGGGAAAUUGUCUCGCUGUAACCUUGAGGUACGAGCAGAAGGCUCUGGCCAUCCUACGAAGACCGGAAUUUUAUUUCCAUCGUAAAGAGGAGCGUUGCAGCUGGCAGUUUGGUACCAAUAAUUUGGGUCAUCCCUACGUCAGGAUGAUUCAUGACUCUGGAGACUGGUUGAUGGGCGGCGACCUCGAGGUGUUGGAGAGGAUCAAAUGGCACGACGGGCUCGACAAGUACAGGCUCACGCCAAACGAGAUCCGCACCAGAUGCCGCAGGAUGAAGGCUGACGCCGUAUUCGCUUUCCAGCUGAGAAACCCCAUUCACAAUGGACACGCGCUGCUUAUGCAGGACACAAAGAGGCGAUUGUUGGAGGAGCGUGGUUUCAAAAAUCCCGUGCUGUUGCUGCAUCCGCUCGGUGGUUGGACCAAGGAAGACGACGUGUCCCUGUACACCAGGAUCCUGCAGCACAAGGCCGUUUUGGACGAGGGCGUGCUGGAUGCCGAUUCCACGUUACUAGCCAUCUUCCCCAGCCCGAUGAUGUACGCUGGGCCGAUUGAGGUGCAAUGGCACGCGAAAGCCAGAAUGAACGCCGGCGCCAAUUUCUACAUCGUAGGUAGGGAUCCCGCGGGUAUACCGCAUCCAAACAAAGACUCGACGCCUGACGGCAAUCUGUACGAUCCCUCUCAUGGCGCCAGGGUACUUUCCAUAGCCCGAGGUCUUGAUAAGCUCGAGAUCAUUCCCUUCAAAGUGGCCGCUUAUGACACGCGAAAUGGUAAAAUGGCCUUCUUCGAACCCGAGCGAAAGCAAGACUUUGACUUUAUCUCGGGAACAAAGAUGCGAGGAUUGGCAAGGACAGGCCAGAAUCCCCCGGAUGGGUUCAUGGCACCAAAAGCAUGGCAAGUACUCGUGCAAUAUUACCAAAGUCUAGACAAGAAUUAAAUACUUGACUAAUGAGUAAUAAAAGUUUCAUUCGUAAACGAUUUCCGUGUUGACUUUAACGAACCUCAAUUUAAGGUUUGGUUACCUUGGUUAUCAGUGCAUUAAUAAUAUCUUAUUUCAAAUCCGAUAUCAGACUAUUCGUUAAAGAACAAGUGAGUUUUGAGCUCGUACUAUUCUCUACGAAUGCACGCUAAAGGUUGCUAUGCUUCGAGUCUUCUAACCAAUCAUUUUCAAUAAAAACCAUGUAUAUUUAGCGAAAUGUAUAUUCAACACUUUAUUUGGGUGUAGCAAUCUUUAUGACGUUGGAAUAGAAUUGGUGCACACGUCGAUACAAAUUUGAAAUUCUAUCAUGAUCGACAAUAAUACGGUAAAGAAGGAUAUAGAAGAAUUUUAUCUCUCUUCGAGAAGAGAGGGAAGAAACACAUUCCGAUUCUACUAGGAUCAUAAAGAUCCUCGAUCAUUGUAUUUGCAUAUGGCAUAUAAUAAUUAAGUUUGUAGAAAGACCACUUUCUCCUAAUUUACCAGAACAAAAAGGAAAUUCGACAAAUAAAGUAUGCUCAAUGAGACGCAUCUUCGUUCAACGAUGUCACGUUUCGAAAGAGAGUCGUAAGAGUAAAAUGAUAAUUAAAGUUUCUUUCAAUAUGAAAACAACUUUCUAUCGACAGCUGCUACAAACGUCAUUGGAAUAAGCGUAUUAUAAGCGUAGAGAGGCUUUACACAUAUAUUUUGAAGCGUAGAGAAAUACCAUUAAAUUGGACGAAUAAAUUACAUUGGGUUAUUUAAAUAAAACUUUACUUAUAAACUUAAUGUCAAAUUACACAUGUUUAGAUUUCAUGCAGCACAGAUUCUUCAACUACGUUUCAGCAACAGUACCAUUUUGUAAGUUUGCUAUUAUGCGGUGCAACUUAGCGAAGACAUUCUAGGGAAACACUGCAAAGUUACGACAUGACUACAGCAAAAGAUUGUCAAGCAAUUCUGCAAUUUCGAGUUGUUUGCCUGGGACGUUUCCAGUGUUUUCACUUUCCGCAUAAAUAAUCACCCAUAAGAAAAAUUUUAAACAUUAGCAAAUACAAAUAUAAUAAUGGCCAUUAGCAUAGCUAAAAUAAGACGAUUGAAGAUAUUCACACAACACAAUAUUCCAAAUAAUCUGACUAAACUAUUUCCUCAAUAUACGUGUACUAUGAAAACGUAUAUUACGAUUAUCGGUUUUUAUUAAAAUUGCUUUUAUACUACAAGACUUUCAUAUAAAAAAUGGACAAGCUUCUUUUGUCUUAUGUUGAAUAUCCCGAUGUUUUCUCCAGCUUAUCCGUUAUAGUGAAAAUUAGACAUACCGAGUGUAUAUAAUGUCAUUGCAUUUUAAUAGCAACAUUGUCAUUAAUACAUACGUGACUCGAACAUUGCUAUUUGUGAUGGGAUGUGCUAUAAAGAUUGCCUUAUUAAAGAUGAAAGCAAACGUCCCACGUUGCUGCAAUUAUCUAAUCAUCUAAUAAUUUAUUAACAAAAUAAACUACGUCACAUGUAAUAUUGUAAUCUUGCAAUGAAAUAUCUUUUGCAAUCU